UCUGUCCGUCGCCAUUUUCCUUGUUGUAGGCGCCUCAAAUGUCAUAAUAAUUUCAUUUUUCAGAAAAUUACAUUUUCUUUAAUGUUUUGUGUUCUUUUUCAUGUUUUAUUGAUGUCUAAGGCUACUUCUUAUCCUAAUUUAGCUUUAUUUACAAUAAAUUUUGCAAAUUGUGUAAGUGACUUCUGCCGACACUCCAAGGAUUUAUAAUUGAUGUUUUACAAUGAAAAACAGAGAUCGUCUUCAUAAAAGGUAGCGAGUGUCUUCGACGCCCACAAGACGCUGUAUCAGGGGCUGCGUAGUGCGAUAAACCUCAAACAAUAUUUGUACGUCAUAGAAUGAAAUCGUGAAAUAAAUUAGUGUAAAAAGGUACGUUGUAUGUUGGACAAUGAGUGAUUCGCCUGGAGUGGAGUGGCUCCCGGCGUACAGCCCGGGACCUCCGAGACACAGUCCCCUGGGCCCCAUCCCUCGUUUCCUUUACGAAGAUGUGCAGCCGCCGUCGCUCCAACAGGAAAAUAAUAACAAGGAAAUUGAUCAGAAACAGAACACAAAUAAAAUAAAACACGCCAAGCCAGCUUACAGCUACGCUAGUAUGAUAAGAUUAGCGAUAAGCAGUUCUCCGAAUGGCAAGAUGACACUCAAUGAGAUAUAUAACUAUAUCUGCAAUGCAUUCCCUUAUUAUAAAGAAGCUGGAAAAGGAUGGAUGAAUUCGAUAAGACACAAUUUGUCCCUGAACAAAUGUUUUAUGAAGGUGGCUCGCAGUAAAGAUGACCCCGGAAAAGGUUCAUACUGGGCAAUGGACAGUAGCUACAAGAUGGCAGAAGUGACGCCGCGGCGCAGACGUAGUCUCAGGAUGGCUCCAUACAGUCCAGAAUGCAGUUCAAACAGCAGUGGGGAGGCUGGGGCGUCCGGAGUGGACGCAGCGCCAACGCCUCCCGCAACACCAACGACACCCACAGCGCCAACCACGCCAACCACACCUAACACACCCAACACGCCAACCGCCAACGUGGUCAAGGAAGAGACGACGGUCAAGGAGGAGAACAAUUCGAAACAUACAGACGACGCGUUGUCAGCGCUUAUGAACGAAGAGCUAAUCACAGAUGCGGAUAUCAGUAGAGAGAGCUGGUGGUGGUCGGGCGCGCGGCGGCACGUGUGCGAGCUGCGCCACUCCGCGCUCACGGACGACUACGGCAACUUCCUCGACACGCGCGCGCACGACUGCGACUGCCCCUUCGACGACGGCGCCGCGCUACUUAUACCCGUGCCCGCCCCCGCGCCCGCGCCCUCGCCCCCCUGGCCCGCCUUAUAACGCCGCGGACCUCGCGCCCGGCGACUCGCCUCCUAACCGACUCGCGCUCACCCAGCCAGUCUGAAUUAUUCUAAAUUUUCUACGGAAGUAAACUAUUUAAAUUCA